GCUGAAGGAGAUACCAAGGGUGAUAAGGCCAAAGUUAAGGAUGAGCCCCAACGGAGAUCAGCGAGGUUAUCUGCUAAACCUGCUCCUCCGAAGCCAGAGCCCAAACCUAAAAAGGCAGCUCCAAAGAAGAGUGAGAAGGUGCCCAAGGGGAAGAAGGGGAAAGCUGAUGCUGGCAAGGAGGGAAACAACCCUGCAGAAAAUGGAGAUGCCAAAACAGACCAGGCACAGAAAGCUGAAGGUGCUGGUGAAGCCAAGUAAAAAAAAAGUGUGAAUUUUUGAUAACUGUGUACUUCUGGUGACUGUACAGUUUGAAAUACUAUUUUUUAUCAAGUUUUAUAACAAUGCAGAAUUUUGGUUUACUUUUUUUUAAGCUAUGUUGUUAGCACACAGAUCGCUUCGUUGUUGUGUUCUAGGGAGGGGUUGGGGAGGGGGAACAGCUGGGGACAAAUGUCAUUUAGUCUAUUUCUCAAAAACCUAAAUUUUAAUAAGAAAAAGCUUUUUCCAGUCCCCCAGUUUUUGGAAGAAGGGCCCUUCCUGCAGGGAGGAGGAAGGGAUUCCCUCCUGUUG